AGGGGAGGAUACUGCCACCCACAGCCUCCCAGAGCUCACUGCAGCGGACGCGAGGCAACGCGGCUCCACCGGUGGCGGAGGAGAGCUCUGUCCAGGCCCUGGGGGUAGCCGAGGGCAGGAGCAGAGAAGGAACCAUGUCCCCAGGCUGCCCACGUCUCUGGGUCCUGGUGGUGCUGGGCUCCAGCUGGGCAGGCGGGGGGCGCACGGGAGCUGAAGCCGCGCGGCUGCGGCAGUUCUAUGUGGCUGCUCAGGGCAUCAGCUGGAACUACCACCCUGAGCUUCCAGAUAACAGUUUGAAUCCUUCUGCAACUUCCUUUAAGAAGAUUGUCUACAGAGAGUACGAAGCGUAUUUUCAGAAAGAAAAACCACGAUCCAGAACUUCAGGACUCCUCGGGCCUACUUUAUAUGCUGAAGUUGGAGACAUCAUGAAAGUCCACUUCAAAAACAAGGCAGACAAGCCCUUGAGCAUCCACCCUCAAGGAAUUAAAUACAGCAAAUUCUCAGAAGGUGCUUCCUACUCUGACCACACGUUUCCCGUGGAGAAGAUGGAUGAUGCCGUAGCUCCAGGCCAUGAAUAUACGUACGAGUGGACGAUCGGCGAGGACAGCGGGCCCACCAGUGACGACCCACCUUGCCUCACAUACAUCUACUACUCCUAUCAAAGUCUGAUACAGGACUUCAACUCUGGGCUGAUCGGCCCUCUGCUUAUUUGUAAGAAAGGCACCCUAAGUGAGGGCGGGGUUCAGAAGAUGUUUGACAAGCAGCACGUACUGAUGUUUGCUGUGUUUGAUGAAAGCAAGAGCUGGAGCCGGUCAUCGUCCGUCAUGUACACGGUCAACGGCUACGUGAACGGGACCAUGCCAGAUAUAACAGUCUGUGCCAAUGACCAAGUCAGCUGGCAUCUGAUUGCAAUGAGCUCCGGACCAGAGCUGUUCUCCAUUCAUUUCAACGGCCAGGUGCUAGAGCAGAACCGUCAUAAGAUCUCGGCCAUGACGCUCGUCAGUGCUACGUCCACUACUGCGAACAUGACUAUGGGCCCCGGCGGAAAGUGGAUCGUAUCUUCUCUCACCCCUACUCAUUUUCAAGCUGGGAUGCAGGCGUCCAUAGACAUCAAAAACUGUCCCAAGAAAACCAGGAGUUUUAAGAUGCUAACACGUGAGCAGAGGCGGCACAUGAAGAGGUGGGAAUACUUCAUCGCUGCGGAGGAAGUCAUCUGGGACUAUGCGCCUGUCAUACCAGUGAACAUGGACAAAAAAUACAGGUCUCUGCAUUUGGAUAAUUUCUCGAACCAAAUUGGCAAACACUAUAAGAAGGUUGUCUACAAGCAGUACCAAGACGAGUCCUUCACCAAACGCCUGGAGGAGGCUAACAACAAAGACAAUGGGAUCUUGGGCCCCGUUAUCAGAGCCCAGGUCAGAGACACCCUCAAAAUCGUGUUCAAAAACAUGGCCAGCCGCGCCUACAGCAUUUACCCCCAUGGAGUGACCUUCUCCCCUGUUGAAGAUGAAGCCAACUCUUCCUCCACCUCAGGCAGUAACACCAUGAUCAAAGCAGUUCAACCAGGAGAAACCUACACUUACAAGUGGAAUAUCCUCGAGUCUGAUGAGCCCACAGAAAACGAUGCCCAGUGCCUGACGAGGCCGUACUACAGUAAUGUGGACGUCACCAGGGACAUUGCCUCGGGGCUGAUCGGGCUGCUUCUAAUCUGUAAGAGCAGAUCCCUGGACAAGCGAGGCAUACAGAGGGCAGCGGACAUCGAGCAGCAGGCCGUGUUUGCCGUGUUCGAUGAGAACAAGAGCUGGUACAUCGAGGACAACAUCAACAAGUUCUGUGAGAGUCCCGAGAAGGUGAACCGGGCCGACCCCAAGUUCUACGAAUCCAACAUCAUGAGCACGAUCAAUGGCUAUGUGCCCGAGAGCAUAGCCACACUGGGGUUCUGCUUUGACGACACCGUCCAGUGGCACUUCUGCAGCGUGGGGACCCAGGAUGAUGUUUUGACCAUUCACUUCACGGGGCACUCCUUUGUCUACGGCAAGAGGCAUGAGGACACUCUGGCCCUCUUUCCCAUGAACGGGGAAUCCGUGACCGUCACAAUGGAUAACGUCGGAACUUGGAUGUUGACUACCAUGAAUUCUAAUCCAAGAAGCAAAAACCUACAGCUGAGAUUCAGGGAUGUGAAGUGUAUCGGGCGUGAGAAUGAAUAUGACUAUGACAUAUAUGAACUUCCAACAUCUGCAGCCAUGACUACACGGAAAAUGCAUGAAUUCCCAGAAGGCCACGGGGUAGAGGGUGAUGCUGAUGAUGAACAGGACAGACUGGCUUCAGAACUCGGGCUUAGGUCGUUCAGAAAUGCAUCCCUGAGUCAGCAGGGAGAUGAGUUCAAUAUCACCGCCCUGGCCCUGGAGAACAGCUCUGAAGUCGAGCCUCCAAGUACUGAUACAGCUGUCGGUCCAAAUUCUUCUCUCCCACGUAACAUUAGCAGGCUCGUUGCCAGUCACUUUGCAGAAACCCACGAAACCCCUCCUCACCCUGAAACCGCCACGGUUGGUCCCCCUGUGGGACGCAGCUCAGAAAAGACCCCAGAUCUCAACCCUCCCGCUGCAGAGCACUCCAGCCCUUACUCUGAAGACCCUCAGGAGGGUCCUCUACAGGCAAUUGUCACGGAGAUAAGCCUACUUCCGCCUGGUGCAGAAGGAUCGAGAAGUCAAGGGCAUGCUAAACAUAAUGGAAGAGACACACAGGCUGGGCACAAGUUCUCCCGGAUGGGGUUUCUAGUGCAUAAAACAGGGAGACAUUCGAGCCAAGACAGCCCUUCUUCUAGGACGGAACCCUGGGAGGACCUCCCCAGUGAUCUGUUACUCUUGGAACAGGAGACGCCAUCUAAGACUUUGAAUGGGAAGUGGCAUUUGGUUUCUGAAAAGGGGAGCUAUGAGGUCAUCCCAGAGGCUGAUAAAGACAUGGCUGUUCCUAACCUACAGCACAGCCCCCAGAAUGCCUCGGGGACCUGGGGGGAAAGUGUCCCUCCUCCAGACAAGCUUGGAAAUCGGAGUGGCCGCCCAAAGUUUUACGGAGUUAGGCAUAAAUAUCCAAAAGUGAGGCAGGAAGGGAGAAACAGCAGGCCGAAGAACAGCACCGUUUUAAUUCGGACACGAAGGAAGAAGUUUGCACACCGCACCCCUUUCUCCCCAAGGAGCUUUCGCCCCCUCAGAGGAGUGACCAGCAGCACGGGUUCAGACGCACGUCUCAUGUCCAACCAGACAUCGUUCCCCACACACCUCAACCAGACAUUCUCCUCUACAGACCUCAGCCCGACGGCCUCACUUCCCGACCAUAAUCGGGACUCCCUGAACAAUGCCGGCCAGACAGGCUUCUUGCCAGACAUUUCUCAGACGGCACCCCCAGAAGAGCGCGACCAGAGGUUCCCUCUCCCAGACUCUGAUCGAAUGCACUUCACCACAAAGCCCAGUCACAGACCUUCUCCAGAGCCCGGCCAGGGGUUCAGCUAUGACCUAAGAAACCAGCGCUCCCCCACGGACUCUGGACAAAUGUCACCUUCCUUAGAACCUGAAGUCUGGCAGACGGCCAUCUCCCCAGACGUCAGUCACCCACCCCCCUCUCCAGAACCCAGUCGGUCAAACCUUUCCCCAGGACUCAGCCUGCAGACUCUCUUUUCAGACCUCGACCAGACGACCCUCUACCCUGACCUUGGCCAGGAGACCCUCUCCCCUGACCUCGACCAGACGACCCUCUCCCCUGACCUCGGCCAGGAGACCCUCUCCCCUGACCUCGACCAGGUGACCCUCUCCCCUGACCUCGACCAGACGACCCUCUCCCCUGACCUCGGCCAGGAGACCCUCUCCCCUGACCUUGGCCAGGAGACCCUCUCCCCUGACCUCGGCCAGACGACCCUCUCCCCUGACCUCGACCAGACGACCCUCUCCCCUGACCUCGGCCAGGAGACCCUCUCCCCUGACCUCGACCAGACGACCCUCUCCCCUGACCUCGGCCAGGAGACCCUCUCCCCUGACCUCGGCCAGGAGACCCUCUCCCCUGACCUCGGCCAGACGACCCUCUCCCCUGACCUCGGCCAGGAGACCCUCUCCCCUGACCUCGACCAGACGACCCUCUCCCCUGACCUCGACCAGAUGACCCUCUCUCCUGACCUCGACCAGACAACCCUCUCUCCUCUUGGCCAGGAGACCCUCUCCCCUGACCUUGACCAAAUGACCCUCUCCCCUGACCUCGACCAGACGACCCUCUCCCCUGACCUCGGCCAGAUGACCCUCUCCCCUGACCUUGACCAGAUGACCCUCUCCCCUGACCUCGACCAGACAACCCUCUCCCCUGACCUCGGCCAGAUGACCCUCUCCCCUGACCUCAGCCAGAUGACCCUCUCCCCUGACCUCGGCCAGGAGACCCCCUCCCCUGACCUCAGCCAGGAGACCCUUUCCCCUGACCUCAGCCAGACGACCCCUCCUGCUCUCAGGUGGACAUCAGCCUCUCCAGACCUUGGUCAGAUACCCUACACUUCUGAACCUAGUCAGACUUUCCCUUCUUCAGACCUCAGUCAGAUGCCAUCUCUUCAACCGUCUUCUCCACUAAAUGACACUUUUGUAACAAAGGAAUUGAAUCUCCCAUUCGUUAUUGGCUUCAGUGGAGAUGAUGGAGAUUACAUUGAGAUUAUACCAAGCGAGAGGGAAGAAAGCAAUGAAAAAGACUAUUACGAAUUUGACCACGUGGCCUAUGAUGAUCCUUACCAAACUGACAGGAGGACGGACAUGAACUCCUCCAGAAACCCCGACAGCAUCGCAGAAUGGUACCUCCGCAGCAACAGCGGAAACAGGAAAUACUACUACAUCGCUGCUGAAGAAAUAUCCUGGGAUUACUCAAAAUCUGCACAAAGCGAAAUGGAUGGUGAAGACAGUGAGGCCGUUGCGGAAGGCACCGUGUACAAGAAAGUGGUUUUCCGAAAGUACCUGGACAGCACUUUCACCAAGCGAGACCCUCGGGGAGAGUAUGAAGAGCACCUCGGCAUCCUUGGUCCUGUUAUUAGGGCCGAAGUGGGUGACGUCAUCCAAGUGCGUUUUAAAAAUUUAGCGUCCAGACCAUAUUCUCUUCACGCCCACGGGCUUUCCUACGAAAAAUCCUCAGAGGGCAAGAUGUACGAAGACGACUCUCCCGAAUGGUUUAAGGAGGACGACGCGGUCCAGCCCAACAGCAGUUACACCUACGUGUGGCACGCCACCGGGAGGUCAGGGCCCGAGAGCCCCGGCUCGGCCUGCCGGGCCUGGGCCUACUACUCGGCAGUGAACACGGAAAAAGAUAUCCAUUCGGGCUUGAUAGGGCCCCUUCUGAUCUGCCAAAAAGGGACGCUUCAUAAGGAGAGCAAGAUGCCUGUGGACAUGAGAGAAUUCGUCUUACUCUUCAUGGUCUUCGAUGAGAAGAAGAGCUGGUAUUACGACAAGAAACCCCAAAGGUCCUGGAGACGCACGUCCUCCGAAGUAAAACACUCCCAUGAGUUUCAUGCCAUCAACGGGAUGAUCUACAACUUGCCCGGCCUGAGGAUGUACGAGCAGGAGUGGGUGAGGUUGCACCUGUUGAACUUGGGCGGCUCCCGAGACAUCCACGUGGUUCACUUCCACGGCCAGACCUUGCUGGAAAACGGCACUCAACAGCACCAGUUAGGGGUGUGGCCCCUUCUCCCUGGUUCGUUUAAAACUCUUGAAAUGAAGGCGUCAAAACCAGGCUGGUGGCUCCUAGACACAGAGGUGGGAGAAAACCAGAGAGCGGGGAUGCGGACGCCCUUUCUCAUCAUAGACAGAGAAUGUAAGAUGCCGAUGGGACUGAGCACAGGCGUCGUAGCGGACAGACAGAUCAAGGCGUCUGAGUUUGUGGGUUCUUGGGAGCCCAAAUUAGCAAGAUUAAACAACGCUGGAUCAUAUAAUGCUUGGAUGACAGAAAGAAUGUCAGAAUUUGACUCUAAACCUUGGAUCCAGGUGGACAUGCAGAGGGAGGUCCUGUUCACAGGGAUCCAAUCCCAAGGUGCCAAGCACUACCUGAAGUCCUACUACACCACUGAGUUCCGUGUGGCGUACAGCUCCGACCAGACCAACUGGCAGAUUUUCAAGGGCAACAGCACAAGGAAUGUGAUGUACUUUGAUGGCAAUUCAGACGCCUCUUCGGUAAAAGAAAAUCGGUUUGACCCACCAAUUGUGGCCAGAUACCUUAGGGUCUAUCCAACUCGAUUCUAUAACAAACCUGCCCUUCGACUGGAGCUGCAAGGCUGUGAGAUUAACGGCUGCUCCACACCGCUGGGCAUGGAAAGUGGGAAGAUAGAAAACACUCAGAUCACAGCUUCCUCGUUUAAAAAGUCCUGGUGGGGAGACUACUGGGAGCCCUUCCGCGCCCGUCUCAACGCCCAGGGCCGAGUGAAUGCCUGGCAAGCCAAGGCAAACAACAACAGACAGUGGUUACAAAUUGACCUGCUCAAAGUCAAGAAGAUAACCGCGAUCGUCACGCAGGGGUGCAAGUCUCUCUCCUCUGAAAUGUACGUGAAGAGCUACGCCAUCCACUACAGUGACCACGGAGAGGACUGGAAACCUUACAGGCAGAGGUCCUCCAUGGUGGACAAGAUUUUCGAAGGAAAUAGUAAUUUCAAAGGACAUGUGAAGAACUUUUUCAACCCACCGAUCAUUUCCAGAUUUAUCCGCAUCAUCCCAAAAACGUGGAAUCAAAGCAUCGCACUUCGUCUGGAACUCUUUGGAUGCGAUAUUCACUAGAACUGAAUGUUCAAAAGCACAGGAAGGACUCUGAAGGGUAUCGAGCCAGUUAGAGUAGGUGUUGCUUUUUUAGUUAUGUUAAAUUCUCUAUUAGAGAAUACAAUUUUAUAUAUGAAACUUUUAUAAUGUAACUCCUUGCUGCCUUUAAGGGAGGUGAUGGCUAUUAUUUUUGCAUUAACUUAAAUAUAAGUGGGAAAAUAUCAUGAACCAGUAAGAAAAUGGCUUCUCUUUUACAAUGAUUAAUACGCUAUAUAAAGUAAUAUUCCUGUAGUGAACACGCUUCGUUACAGUUCUUUCAAACCCUAAACACAUUAAUAAGAGAGAUUUAAAAAAUAACAAAAACAUUUCUAGCCAGGGUAGCUGUCCCUCCUACAUUUUUCUUUCAGACUGUGAUUUAAAAGGAAACAAACUGUGAUUUAAAAGGAAACAAAAGAGACUCUCAAACGGUUAACUUUCCUCGCCAGUGAAGACAAAAACAGCCUCGUGGUGGGAAAUGCUAAGUGCCUAAACUACCCCAUCCGAGCUCCGUGGCAAUGACCUUCAGCCCCUCCACGGGGGAAAAAACACAAGCACACAUAUUUCCCGUAGUCCCACCGGCCUUGUGAGCCCAACCGGUCCUGCUUGGGACCAAAGGCGCAGCACCACUGUUCAGCAUGAGGGUUCAUUAGACACAGGGCAGAAUCAAAACAACCAGGGGGGGAACUGGACACAGAGUCUUGGCUUCGUCCCGGCUGACACCAGCUGGCAGGCUGUUGCAAGACAUAGGUCACCUCAGGCGAAGCCGACCUCAUGAAGCAAGCACUGGGGCUGUCGUCCCAGACACAGCUCUGCCUGCCAGAGGGGCCCCUGGCCAGCUGACUGCUCUGUGGUCACUCUCUUGAAAUUCCCCUUCGUAAUUUUUAACAGCGAGUCCAACCUUUGCAGUUUGCAAUAGGCCCCACAAAUCACCUAGCUAGCCCUGGGCCCCUCUCCUGCAGAAAUGGGCAGGAUCGCCUCUGAUCUACUGAGGUAUAAUAGAAGCAGGAAAAUCACUGCCAUGGUUCGAGGUAGGGGAAUGGACAAGAACGGGGCAUGAGCUCCAACUUCAGUAUCCAAUAUGCACAAAAAUAAGUUCACAAAGUUUCAACAGCCUGCCUGGGGCUGUCGCUUGCUCCCAUCUGAGCUGCAACCAGAAGCAAGGUGAUUAGACUCCCAGCCUCUCCUUCCUGUCUGGUUUCUCUUUCAUAAAAAUGGAAAUUACAAUGAUUAUGAUUCACCCUCCCCAGACAGGUAGACAUGAAUAUUAAUAAGAACUAGUAAUUGAUCUGAAAAUUACUUGUUCGGGGCUCAGUGAACUGUUUGGGUUAUAGCAGAUCUGUGUAGAAAUGAAAACCUCUCUUACUUUGAAAUAAAAAUACGUAUUUGCAUUCCUCUGUUCGAAGUCAUUUAGAUGACAGUACAGCUUCUGCCGUAUAGUGCACACUGUCCGCUGACCUGUCAGUUUCCACAGUUUGUUAUGUCAUAACUGGUUGCUACAGAAAAGAAAUGAGUGACUCACAGUAGAAUCACGACUUGGAAAAAGAGCUGAACAGAUACAAUCUGUGUGUUAAUCAUCCUCAUUGAGCACUGGAGACGGACUGUGGGUGAAUCACAAAUACAAAAAUGGUCAGAGGAGAAAACACAAAAUUAGUUCUCCCGGAUUUUUUCAAGUUGCUAAAAGAAAUCACACACUUCAAGACACCUUUUAGAAUAACUUUGAACAAUCACCGUAUUCUGGGUUCAGCACCGUGUGGGCAAAUGCAGGGGGAGCGCCCUGAGCAGGUAGCUUGGAUCCUCUAAACAAGCACGAAAUGUGUCCCACCAUCUGCUUCUCUGGAUGGACCAAGAAGAAGCAAGUC